UAUCCAUUCGAGCUUGAUCUGUUUCAAAAGGCAGCAGUAGUCUAUAUGGAAAGAGGUGAAUCUGUCUUCGUAGCUGCCCAUACAUCAGCUGGAAAAACUGUUGUGGCAGAGUAUGCUGUAGCGCUGUGCGAAAAGCACAGAACACGUGCAAUAUACACGUCUCCUAUAAAAGCGUUGUCGAAUCAAAAGUUUCGUGACUUCAAAAUGAUAUUCACUGAGGUCGGCCUUGUUACCGGCGAUAUUCAGUUGUUUCCGGAAGCCUUCUGUCUUAUCAUGACAACCGAGAUUUUAAGAUCGAUGCUUUAUAAUGGCUCGGAAGCGGUACGAGAUUUGGAGUGGGUAGUAUUCGACGAAGUGCAUUAUAUCAACAAUGCUGAGAGGGGGCACGUUUGGGAGGAGGUGUUGAUUAUGCUUCCUUCUCAUGUAAAAAUCGUAAUGUUGUCGGCUACUGUUCCGAACUGUAUGGAAUUUGCUGAUUGGGUCGGACGAAUCAAGAACCGAAAAAUUAACGUCGUUUCUACGUUGAAACGUCCAGUGCCUUUGGAGCAUUACUUAUACACUGGACAAGAUGGCAAAACGAAGAAGGACAUGUUCAAAAUUGUUGAUAUGAACGGAAGUUGGCUAGAUGUUGGUUACAAGAAAGCAGUAGAGGCGAAGGUAUGCAGUUCUUCUAGUGAUGGAUCGCGUCUUAACCUUUUGUUGCCGUACCUAUUUUCCACGUUUUCUAUUGUUCAGGCCAAUAGACGAGAAUCAGGUGGUAGCCAGGUUAAAGGAUUUGAUAACAAUGAUAGUGGUAAUAAAGGACGAGGUUCCAACACUGGUGGCUUUAUCAGCAAGCCGCACGGGAAUAAUGACAAGAACAUCUACAUUAAUAUUAUUGACUUUCUUCGUACUAACGAACAGCUGCCAAUGGUUGUGUUUGUUUUCUCCAGGAAAAGACUUAAAUUGGAUAUGUGUUGCAGGUGUGACGAAAAUGCGCAAGCUUUGUCGUCUAUGGAUCUUACGACGGAAGUGGAAAAAUUCCACAUACAGACAUUUUUUUCGCAGUGUACUAGUCGCUUGAAAGGCUCGGAUAAAAAACUUCCUCAGGUGCACUUAGUGAAGGAUCUAUGUUUACGUGGAUUAGCAGUGCAUCAUAGUGGAAUAUUGCCGAUUUUAAAGGAAGUGGUUGAAUUGCUUUUCCAAAAAGGAUAUGUCAAGGUUCUAUUCGCAACAGAAACUUUUGCAAUGGGUGUGAAUAUGCCAGCACGAACGGUCGUGUUUGACAGUGUACAGAAACACGACGGUAUGGAGACGAGAUUGCUGAAUGCCGGCGAAUACACACAGAUGGCCGGACGUGCUGGUCGUCGUGGUCUCGACACUACAGGAACUGUCAUCGUUUUAUGUAAACAGCCAAAAUUGCUUGAGGCCGGUCAACUUAAAACAAUAAUGAUGGGAAAAGCGACUCCCCUUGUAUCACAAUUCCGUGUGACGUACUCCAUGCUGCUAAAUUUAAUGAGAGUGGAGCAUUUUCGAGUAGAGGACAUGUUGCAGAGGUCAUUUAUAGAAAAUGCUUCACUUCGAGAAGCACCAACAAAAAAGAGUAAUCUGGAAAAGGCUGAACAGGAACUAUCUGCACUUCCUGUAGUGAACUGCCAGAUGUGCGGUGCAGAUGGAGCCUCCAGUGUCGCUCCCUUGCGGCUGUAUCAUGAAGAGCUUGUAGAUUUUAUCGAAAGAAGAGCAGAAUUAUGGUCAAAACUGACUGGUGAGUUCCAUUCGUGA